AUGUGUACCUCCUUUCGGAUAGUAAUGGUUUUACUCCUGUGUGCAGCGAUCGCUUCCAGCCAUGUUCAUGGGCCGAGAACAUCCCGUAGGAUGGAUGUCGAAGACUCCAGCCAGAAUGAAAUUGACAGUGGUAGAGCUGAUGAAAGUUCUUGGUGGCAGUCGGCCGAAUUUACAAUGUUACAAAAAGUUUACGAUGAUUGCAGUGCACAAAAACAUUUAACGAUGUGUUUGAAGGGUAAAGCUCUAACAGCACUCACGAGGGCAGUGGAGCAGGAGAGCGUACAACUGGCCGAUGGACUGACUUUGCUAAAACAGUCUGACACACCUGUUUCGGUGGCGGAGCCUCGAUUCUUCUCUGGUAUGUCUACAGAAGAAAAGGUCGACAUCAUGCUACGAAGAAAAUUCGAAGAGUUAUUGAAGACACAUACUGUAUCACUUGACUUUUCUUCGGAAGGUAGAAAUAAAGGAAAGAAGGUCUUGCCAUACCUCAUGCUCGGUGUUUUAACAACCGUUAGCAUAGUGGGUGGUAUGGCUCUGAAGACUUUAGCUAUGAUUGCCGGUAAAGCACUCAUAGCCAGUAAGAUUGCUUUAACAAUUGCCGGCAUUAUUGCCCUCAAGAAACUGUUUAGUCAAGAAGGAUCUACUGGUGAAACAACUUUUCAAGUACACGCCGAUGGACAUCAUAGGCGGAAUCUAUACGUGGUGAGGCCAGUUAAAGAAGGCGCGUUUGACCCGUAUUUGUACAGCGGGGAACAAUCUACCUCCAGCGCGUAA